AAAAAAUCCAUUGCUUCAACCAAACGCGAAUAUAUGUCAGUUAAUUUUAAUAUUAAUUAAUAAAACAGUUCAGAUUUUAUAUAUAGAAACAAUGGAUUUAUUUUUUAACAACAAAUGUCAAUACAGCGGUUGUGGUGAAAAGUUUGGUAGUCUGACUGAAUUGAUUCAGCAUGUAGAGCGUGUCCAUAUUGUAAUGGAUGACAGUGAUGAAGUCUCUGGAAGUGAAAGCAUGGUACACAAAAGCAAAAUAUUGCCUAGCAAUGUCCAUGAUGUGAUUAUGCGUUCUCCGGUUCAUCGAAUCAAUCAUGGAUCACGCCGUCACCCAUCAGUAUCUCCACUAAACAACAUUAAUUGUGAACGUCCAAUUCAGAUGAUGAAAGCAACUGGUGCUGCUUCCUCAUUGCAGUCCAUGUUGGCUAAUGCUGAUUCUGGUACUAGAGCAAGUGCUCCAACAACUUCUGUUAAUCAAAAUAAUUGUGAGCCUCCAAUUCAGUUGUUGAGUGCAAUUGGAAGUGAUGGUUCUGCUUCGUCAUUGCAGUUCAUGUUAGCACCUACUAUUGUUAUCAGUAGCGCAAAUGCACCGUUUCAGGUACCAAUGGCUUUCACAAACAGCAACAAUUGUGUACCACCAAUUCAGUCUGUCGUUGCACAAGCAAAGCACGGUGCAAUUCCCAAAGCGCGGAUACAUUCAAUGGAACUAGGUGGUAAUCGUGAUGCUGAUUCAUUUGAGAAGGAUAACAUUCCAUCAUCAUCAUCGGCGGUAAAGCGAAAAAAUAACAGUUCUAAAAUCUCAUUCUCAAAGAAGAGAAUCUCAUCUAUUAACAGUAAUGUUGAGCCAUCUAUGUCAAAGUCAAAUGAUGUUCCAACACAACCAACCUCUAUAUCAUCUCCUCCAAAACUUAACGAAAGUACCCAUAUUGCCUUAAGUGGUUUGACCCCGGAAGACAUUGUCCAAAACUCGGUUCUAAGGGCAGAUCACUCGCAAUUAAAGCCAUUUCCUUGUCCCAUUCGUGGUUGCAUAAAAAGGUAUAAAACUUUGAACGGGAUUAAGUAUCACUCAAAAUCUUAUGAAAGGGAGUUGAAAAAAAUUCGGUUGAGUAUAAAUCGGAUUAAUAACUACGGCUUGCAACAAACAACAACACCUUGGAGAGAUCUCGAAGAAAAAAUGGAACAUGUAAAAAUGUUUUUUUAGUUGACUUAUGUUUGCGUUAUUAUAUAACAUAUUAU